GCACUUCCAUAAACAUGGUCAAUGUUCCUAAAACCUACAGGGCUUUCUGUAAGAAGUGUGGCAAGCACCAACCCCACAAAGUGACACAGUACAAGAAAGGCAAGGAUUCUCUGCACGCCCAGGAAAAGAGGUGUUAUGACAGGGAGCAGAGUGGUUAUGGUGGGCAGACCAAGUCAAUUUUCUGGAAAAUGGCUAAAACUACAAAGAAGAUUGUUCUGAGGCUUGGAUGUGUUGAGCCCAACUGCAUAUCCAUGAGAAUGCUGGCUAUCGAGAGAUGCAAACAUUUUGAACUGGGAUGAGAUAAGAAGAAAAAGGGCCAAGUGAUCCAGUUCUAAGCUUUAUAUUUUGUUUUAUUAUGAAGACAAUCAAAUCUUGAGGUUAUAUU